CUCUUCUUCUGUCUUCCACCUUCGUUUCCUCUUCCUCUUCUUCUCCUUCUUUCUCUCACUCACUUAUCCUCGUUGCAGCUAUUUGCUUCUACCGACCCACCCGAAUAGUAGAGAUCCGAAUAUAACAGUCCACUAAUCGCCAUCCUCAUCAUGGCUGAUAAUUCAGGAAGUGCACCAACCAGCACUACUCAACAUCACCAUCAUCUUCCUCCUCCUCCUGACCCUCCCAAUACCACUUCUCCCAGUAGUACCACCACGACUCCUCCUACCACGACGAGUACGAAUAACAAGCUGGAAUCAGAGGCCAAGCCGCCUGUCCCCGCCCCCGAACCCGCCGCCAAAAAGCCGACGAAGAAGAAGCCCCAUCGCUCCACCAAGACCUCCUCCAUUGUCACCCCCAGCGAUGACAGCUCUUCCGCUCCCGACUCCGACAGCAGCGACUCAGAAUCCACCACCCACGACUCUGCCGCAGAUAAAGAUGCCUCCACUUCCUCCUCGAGCUCCUCCAGCUCCGACGAAUCCGAGGUGGAUCGCAAGCAUCGUCGCAAGCGCGGCAAGGCCCGAGCCAAGAAGGCCUUGAAGAGCAGCGGUCGCAGGAAGAAAUCCACCCGCUCGCGCCAACAGUCGGACUCGGACUCGGAUUCCUCGUCCCAGGAUGGCGAGGAUUCAGAUUCCGAUCUCGAUGAGAAGACCUUGAAGAAGCUGGUCGCCAAGCUCAAGAACAAACGUUCCUCCAGGAAGUCUCGCUCCAAGGAGGACUCCUCCGAGGACCAGCAGGAUGACAACGAGGACGAUGGCUCCGAUGAACUGGCUUUGCUCCUGGCAAAGCAGAAGUUGGCGGCCUUGCGACUGAAGUUGACUGACGGUCGCCGCAGUAAAGGACGCAGAAAGCGGAGCUCCACCGACGCGGAUGGUUCAAAGGGGUCGUCACAGAAGUCCAAAAGCCGGAAGAAGGCAGCGUCGAAGAUAGCUUUCAAGCGGGUGGAUCAAUUAUGGGACAAUACAAUCCAUAACUACAAAUUGACCGAGACGGUCGAUGAUCCUGGAGCCAACGAGUGGGACCAAUACCUCUUUACAGUACGUCGCAAGUUCGACUGGGACAACAAGUAUACGGAGACGGUGGUGGACCUCAAGAGCAAGCACAUCCGCGAUGCGCUAGCCAAGGUGAUGGACGGAGUCAAGGGCGUCAGUCUGGUCCAGGAAACGGCGGUCGUCGAUCCCAACAUGCUCUUUUUGUACUUGGAGGAGACACGGCAGUACAUGCGCGAAUUGCGACAGCUGGCCAAGACGGAAAGAAAGAAGAAGGCUCGCAAAGCAGCCCAACUCAAGGCCGCUCAUCUCAAGGUGCUCAUCAAGUACCUGGAUACCGACUAUGCGGAUACCAAAAAGACCCUGUACCCACUGCUCGACGCCAACAUGAUCACCUUCGACCUGUUGUGGGCCAUCUUCAAGCCUAACACGAUCGCCUAUUCAUCGACGUACGGCAAUGUGGAUGAGCCUCGUGCCUUCAAGAUCGAGUACGCCACUAAAGAAUCGUCCUUCAUGAAAGGUCAGUGGUACAGCAUCGAAGGGCGUUACCUGGAAUAUGACGGGAAGUCGUUCGGGAUGGGCACGAUGGCUGCGGAGGUCGAAUCCUUCAAGGGCUCUCGGAAAAUCACCAGUCUUGGCUGUUAUCCCCUGAAAUAUCAUCGCGAGGCGGAGGCAAUUAAGCUCAAGCUGAUCGAGCGGGGCAAAAAGUUCGUGGCAUUGCGUGGCAUGAACUACCGCUUCCACAAGGGCAUGGGCUUCUACAAGAAGAAGCGCUCGGUUAUUAAAGUCAACAUCAACGGUAGGGUCAUGAUCGACCCGGCUAUUCAUCGUCGUAUCAACCCCAACUAUCCUAUCAGUACCGUUCGCCCCAAGGAUCCGGAUUACCUUGAUGGGUCGGACGGAGACGGGAGUGACGAUGGUUGCUGCUGUGGUGUGUCGGAUUCGGAUUCGGAUCAGGGUUGUGGACCAUCGCGGGACUCUGACACGCCCAGAACACGCUACAAGGUGGUUCGAGACAAGGAGGGAAAGCCGCACGUGGUUGAAGUGGAACUGGACGAGAAUGGUAACGAGGUGCAGAAAGAGGACAUGGACCAAGUGGAUGACCCCUCCGAGCGGGAUUUUACCGAGGAGGAGCUGCUGAUCGCGAGCCCAGUAGUCCUGGGAUUUGCCUUUAGCGAGAAGCUGUGGCUGGAGUUUAGCAUCUCCGGAAUUAGCGAGAUUGAAUGGAACGAGGAGGCUUUCAGCUCUCUGGUGCUGCCCGACAACCAGAAGUCCAUUGUGAAGGCGCUGGUUGAGUCUCACACCUUCCGAGCUGCCCAAAACAUCGAUGAUGUGAUCCAGGGCAAGGGCAAGGGGCUAGUCGCAGUACUUCACGGCCCUCCAGGGACAGGUAAGACGCUCACAGCAGAAGGUAUCGCCGAACUGCUCAAGCGUCCCCUCUACAUGGUCAGUGCAGGAGAGUUGGGAACCGACUCGCGCACGCUGGAAGCCGAGCUCAACAAGAUUUUGGAUAUUGCCCAUUCUUGGGGCGCGGUCCUCCUGCUCGAUGAGGCCGAUAUCUUCCUGGAGAAGCGGACCAUCCAGGACAUCCACCGCAAUGCCCUGGUCAGCAUCUUCCUCCGUCUCCUGGAGUAUUUCCAAGGAAUCCUAUUCCUGACGACCAACCGCGUGGAAACCUUCGACGACGCGUUCCAAUCGCGCAUCCACGUGGCGCUCCGCUACGGUGACCUCACCACCAAGGCCAAACGCAGUGUCUGGAAGAUGUUCCUGGAGAAAGUCCAGGCCAUGGAAGGUGUGCAGACUGCCACGUUCACCGAUAAAGACUUUGAUCUCCUUGCCCGCCACAACCUGAACGGACGUCAGAUAAAAAACUCCGUCCGCACAGCGCAAGCCCUCGCAGUCAACGAGCAGACGCCUCUCUCCAUGGAGCACAUCAAGCGGGUCCUGACCGUAGCCGAAACAUUCGACCAGGACCUCCGCGGAGGAACGGGAUACCUCGACGCCAUGCGAAGCUAUACCUGA